ACGACGGCACGGCGAAGGGUGUGGCCGGCUGCGUGGAGGAGCUCAACCGCGCGAAGGUCGGCGACCAGCCCAUCCACGCACUCGACUGGAACCGCGCGAGGGAGGGCCUGCUCGCCUGCGCCUCCUUCGAUCAGAGCGUGCGCGUCGUGCUGGUCACGAAGCUGGCGCUCGUGCAGUAGCCGCCGCACGGCAGGGACAAGCGGGCGUGCUGGCGGUGUGCGUGUGUGUCUGUGCGGGAGAGGGCGCGUACUUAUUUGACGAAAUGGAUGGGAAACGCAUGAAGAAAAAAAGAAGAAGCACGGAUCGAAAAGAAAAGAGGAAACUGCAGCAUCUGCAGGGGUAG